AUGUACCGAUUUCCUAUUCGACCAAUCUCAAAGUCACUUCCAAAGGCUUACCAAUGUCAAAAUGUUCAAAAACGACAUUUAUCUAUCCAUGAAUAUCUUUCUAUGGGACUUUUGAAUGAAUAUGGAAUACCUACUCCAGCAAGUAAAGCGGCCAAAGAUCCUCAAGAGGCUUAUAACAUCGUCAAGCAAGCAGGAAAACCAAUGGUUAUCAAGGCACAGGUCUUAGCUGGUGGAAGAGGAAAAGGUCAUUUUGAAGGACCUAAUGGAUUGAAGGGAGGUGUUCAGAUGGUGGAUUCACCCGAUCAAGCUCGUGAUUUUGCUGCUCAGAUGUUGGGACAGAAAUUAAUUACCAAACAAACUGGAGCAGGUGGAAGGAUUUGUAAUGCGGUUAUGUUGGCUGAAAAACGAGAGCCUUCACACGAAUACUAUGUGGCUAUCUUGAACGAUCGAAGUUUGAAUGGACCAGCACUCGUAGCUUCAUCUCAAGGAGGAAUGAAUAUUGAAGAAGUAGCAGCUAAAGAUCCGUCUGCGAUCCUAACUUAUCCAAUUGACUUUCACAAUGGUUUAACCCAAACACAAGGAAUUGAGGUAGCUAAGAAAUUAGGAAUCAAAGAUGAAGCAGCAGCAGCAGAUAUAUUUAUCAAGUUAUAUAAACUUUUUAAAGACAAGGAUGCUACUCAAAUUGAAAUCAAUCCGUUAGCUGAAACAAAAGAUGGUGCAGUACUAUGUAUGGAUGCCAAACUUGGGUUUGAUGAGAACGCUGAAUUUCGUCAAGCAGAGGUUUUCAAAUUAAGAGAUCGAAGUCAAGAAGAUCCUACAGAAGUAGAAGCUGCAGAGUAUGGUUUGAAUUUGAUCAAAUUAGAUGGUAAUAUCGGAUGUCUUGUCAAUGGAGCUGGUUUAGCAAUGGCAACGAUGGAUGUAUUGAAGCUGGCUGGAGGCAACCCGGCCAACUUUUUGGAUGUAGGAGGUGGUGCGACUGCUGAGGCUGUCAAAAAGGCAUUUGAGUUGAUCACCAGUGAUAAAGGAGUUAAAUCGAUCUUUGUGAAUAUCUUUGGUGGAAUUAUGAGGUGUGACGUGAUUGCCGAGGGUAUCAUCAGAGCCACCAACGAAUUGUCAUUGGAUAUUCCAUUGAUCGUACGUUUACAGGGUACCAAAGAGAAGGAAGCCAAGCAAUUGAUCAAGGAUGCAAAGAUGAAGAUCUUUGCUUUUGAUGAAUUGGACGAGGCAGCCCGAAAGGCAGUCGCUGCUGCUGCAUGA